GGAUUGCGAAGGAAACGUGAUUUGAGCGCUCAAUGGAUUGCGGCAGGAAAUCCUAUGCCUUUACGGAUUUCAAUCUUGUUGUUCAUGCAUGGCACAAGGCAUAUCGAAGGGGUUGAGAAAAUGAGAAUGGAACUGGGAUCAGGGAAUGGGAAUGGAAUCUGAAGCUGCCCGCCCAUCCUCUCCCUGUCUCAUACGGAUACGUCCGGCUUUGGUUUCCCAUCACGCAUCGCAGUCUUCACAUGGCAAAGUGCAUAUGAAAAUCGGAGUGAUAUUGAUUAUCGAUUCAGAUUGCGAGCUGUGAAGUCUAUCAUUAAUUAUAAUCACCUAUGCAUAUUCUUCAAACUCGUUCAGCAUUUGACUCGACAGAAAAGCUGCACAUAAUCAUAAAAGGUACACAAGAACAGAAAAGAAAGAAGUUUUUCGGAAACACCGAACGAGAACCCUUGAUCCCAGCACCGCGUCGACUCCAAUUCAGACAUAAUUGAUGCGUCGACCGCACACGCGCUCGUGCGACGAGGAAGGGAGACGACUAGGUGGGGAGGCGCCUGCCGAGUGCCGAGCCGAAGGAAGAAGAGCAGAGAGAAGGGGGAUCAGUAGCGGCACGCAUGACGCGGAACUCGGAAGAGUGGUGCUCGCGCAUUCAUUCUCAUUCGCCUGCGAGCCGCUGCGCCGUACGGUCGCGUUUUCUCCACGUAAAUUGACAGCGUGCGACAGGCGGGCAAUCAGCCAACCAGCCGGCUUUUUGACGAGCGUUAUCAUCCUCUCGCAAGAGAGAUCGGUGAUUAUCGCACGCAUGAGCCGACAGACAGCCUUUUCUUUUCCUCGCGCGAACUAUCGAUAAAAAAAAUAAAACAAAAGAAAGAACGGAUUGCUGUCAAAGAGACAAGGAGACAGUUCGGACUGACAAUCGUCGUUCCGUUAUCGAGGGAAACCGGCGUGACGCCGCUCGUCGUCGGAACGGUACCCUGCACGCUUCUGCACGGUGAAAUUAGCGUGGAAAGUACCUGCACGCUCCGUUUCACCUCGCGAAGAUUGAGAGAACAGAAAACGGGACGCUCGCAAGCUCGUAAACUGAAGCUUUCUUUUGAAAUUCACACGGGUUUCACGCGAUAUAUCGCUGUAAUAUCUCGGCUGCGAUUAUAUUCGCCCGUUUGACUAUUCGUCGCGUAGUGUUUGGAACUGAAACAGUGUGGAUUAAGUGUGCUGUGACAGCUGCGGAAAUACUUCCGGGGAAAAUGGAGCCCACAAGGAUCCUGCUGCUGAUUGUCCUUCUCCAUGCCGUCAGCUGUCAGAAUAGCACCGUAAUCAGCGAGGUUCUCCAAGAUUACAACCCCCAGUUCAACGUGGGCUGUUACUUUCCUGCGGAAUUCCAGGGCGAAUUCGUGACGCAAGUGAGCGGAAAGGGCGUCGGAAGCAUGGCGAACGAGCCUAUUCAGUAUUCCACCAUUAUCAUCACCUUCAACGCGAUACCGGUGUGGGGCUAUUGCCACAAGAAGGUCGGCGAUAACAUGCUGCUAAUGGACAGAUAUGAUGAUAAUAAGGACUGCAUAAGGUGUUUCCGAUUGCUACGGAGGUCGCGGAACGUCAUCGAAGUGUUCUCGGAAGCUCUCAACAGGUGUUAUAUAUACGAGUCGGCUGCCUUGGCCUCCUGUGACACACUGAACUCCACCUCGAUCCUGUACCGCACGAAAGAAAUCGGCGGUGUGGCGAUCCGAAAUGAAUAUUGCCCUAUUGCUGGCUUAUAUCACUUCAAAUACAGCCUCAACAAUAAUUCUGCGAUAUCAUACGAAUGCAACACAUUCUCUUCCGAAUUCAAUAACUGUCCGGAUGGCUCGAUCUUACAUUUGAACUUCAAACGAUGUAAUUUCGAAAUGCACACAGAUCUCACAUACAAUUGUUUGGGCAGUUGGCCUGGACCGAACGGUUCUAAUUAUCUGGCUCUCUGGAACAAAAAUACCGAUGAUGGCAGGCCUCAAUAUAGAUGCGGGCUAUUCCACGUUGAUAACAAGAAAGGAAAGACUUAUAUGGCGUUUAGUAGUGACUCGAGCUGCACGGAAGAUUUAAAUAAUUCAACUAGCGGAUAUGAAACUUUGAUUUUAAGCAAAAGUCCAAAUCAAAAGAAGGUGCCAGAUUAUGUGAAGACUCAUGUUGCCACAUUCCCAAAGUGGGCGCAAGGUGUAUGGGAGGAGUCUCUCAUAGUUAAUGGAACUAUGACUUUCACCGAUCUCAAUGGCUACAAUAGUUAUACCUUCAUUACAGUGGAGUCGAACGAGGAAACUGGUCGAUAUAUUGUAUAUUCGAAAGAUCAGUGUGAGCAAGCUACCUUUGUAUGCUUAAUGAUGAGACAACGCAGUGAAAACGUACUAGAAUUUUCGAUAGGGAUGCUCUUUAGUCCAGUUUAUCGCGAAAAUUUGUGCGACGAUCCCAAUCUGGAUAAACUAGUGUGGAUGACUCAAGCACGCAUCGAACGAGUGGUGGAGUCACCUUGUCCAAUUACGGGCCAAUAUACGGGGAUGAUAACGGAUCUGUCAGGAAUGUGUGCGGAAUUAAGCAGCAACUGCAACACUCGCGAGAUAAUGUAUUUUAAAGUGAGCGAUUGCGAAUCCGGAGAACUGUACGAAGAACGAACAUAUCUAUGCUUGGGCCAGUGGGAGGAGAAAGGCGUGAUGUAUACUUAUACCAUGAGAAACGAUACUAAUACGAAUGAAUGCUUCGUGGGACUGAUCGUCAACGACGAAGAGAUAUAUAUCAAAGAAGCUGGCGAUCAUUGCAUACGAAAUAUAGAUCCUAAAAAGGAGGGUAUGCGAUUGUACAAGAAAGGACAAUGUUAUGGGAACUCGCCGAGUCCUGCACCUACCCCGUUGAAACCGAUCCCUCAUGUUCCAAUAAUGAGGAUUACGACAACUCCGCGAUCAAGAUUAUCAGGAACUACUCGAGUGCCAGGAAAUACAGUCUCUUCGUCAGCUUCUUGCAGAUCGAGAACGUGUACGAAUUUCGCGGUCCUCAUCAUUACUGUCUUCGCGUUCCUCGAAGCAGUUUCCUCGUACAAGCUUAAAUAAUGAUUGUCUUUCGGACUUGAGGUAGAUAAUGAAUAUUGAUAUUCAGAUGCACAUUUUUGUUGUUUUUGUUUGACGCGUAAUCGAGAGAUGUGAGAAGACCGGUUAUUUAUUAAAAAGACCGACUUGAAACGAUAUUGUAGAAAGUAUAGAAAAUUUUUAUAUCAUGUUUACUCUUUAUUUUCUCAUUGCGUAUAUAUCACUCCGAAUUUUGCGAAAGGAAUUUUUUUUCAUAGAAUUAUAGAAUUGGAUGAGAACGUUUCCCGUUCUGUCGAAUAGGCUGCAUAGAAAAUCUUACAAAGAAGAAAAAUGUCAUAAAUUCAAAUAUUUUUUAAUAAUUUUGAAGAAAACGCAAAAAUAAUAGAGCUAAAACUAUAUUAUAAACUCUUUGUCGACGAUAAAGUGAUUGAUCUUUUUUACUGUGGUUUAUUCCUAUUUAUUUAACUAGUUUUUUAAUAGAUAGAUAUGAGGGGAGAUUAGGUCUCGACAGUCAUAUUUUUAUAUACUGCUUGGUAUGAUGCAAGAAGUUUUACGCGAGACUUUCGUUCACGAAAAUCCAAAGAGCAGCUGCCUGCAUACAAAUAAAUAAUGAUUCUUUUAUGAAACAAACAUCACAAAUAUUAAUGCGAUAAAAAAGUAAUUGACAAUUUUGUAAAUAAUUAUGUAAUAAUAAAUUAAUUUUAUUUUCUGAAAAAAUGCAUUUAAAGAUAAAAUUUUAUAAUAAUUGACAUUAAUUUUUUUUAAUUAUAUAAAACAAGUCACACAGGUGUCUCUUAUCACUUAGACUCUCGAAAGUGAUAUCCUUUCUAUAAUAAUGUAAAUGAAAUAAGAUAUUUUUUAAAAUUUGUAGAGCAGAGAAGAAAACAAGCCAUAAAUAAAAUAAAUAUAGCUUAACGAAUAAUUAAUUAAAGAAUAUGUGAAUUAUACAGUUUCAAAGACUGACACAAAGCUACUAUUUUAAUAUGUUUCAAUUUCUAGUUUCCUUUUUUCUCUAUUAGAGGUAAAUGACUAGCAGAUAUAUAUAUAUAUAUAUA